AUGGAAGCGCUGCUACUGGGCGCCGGGUUGCUGCUGGGUGCCUACGUGCUGGUCUACUACAACCUAGUGAAGGCCCCGCCGUGCGGCGGCAUCGCCAGCCUGCGAGGCCGCACGGCUGUGGUCACUGGCGCCAACAGCGGCAUCGGGAAGAUGACGGCGCUGGAGCUGGCGCGCCGGGGAGCGCGCGUGGUGUUGGCCUGCCGCAGCCGGGAGCGCGGUGAGGCGGCCGCCUUCGACCUCCGCCAGGAAAGUGGGAACAACGAGGUUAUCUUCAUGGCUUUGGACUUGGCCAAUCUGGCCUCUGUGCGAGCCUUUGCCACUGCCUUCCUGAGCUCGGAGCCACGGCUGGACAUCCUCAUUCACAAUGCCGGGAUCAGUUCCUGUGGCCGGACACGUGAGCCCUUUAACCUGCUGCUGCGGGUGAACCACGUCGGUCCAUUCCUGCUGACACAGCUGCUGCUGUCCCAGCUGAAAACAUGCGCUCCCAGUCGUGUGGUGGUGGUGUCCUCAGCUGCCCAUCGACGUGGACACCUCGACUUUACCCAUCUAAACCGCCCUGUGGUGGGCUGGCAGCAAGAGCUGCGGGCAUAUGCUGACAGUAAGCUGGCCAAUGUAUUGUUUGUCCGGGAGCUUGCCACUCAGCUUGAAGGCACUGGCAUCACCUGCUACGCAGCUCACCCAGGGCCUGUGAACUCAGAGCUGUUCUUGCGCCAUGUUCCGGGAUGGCUGCGCCCACUUCUGCGCCCACUGGCCUGGCUGGUGCUGCGGACACCACGAGGGGGUGCCCAGACACCUCUGUACUGCGCUCUACAGGAAGGCAUCGAACCCCUCAGUGGGAGAUACUUUGCCAACUGCCAUGUGGAGGAGGUGCCCCCAGCUGCCCGAGACGACCGGGCAGCCCACCGACUAUGGGAGGCCAGUAAGAAGCUGGCAGGGCUGGAGCCUGGAGAGGAAGCCGAACAUGACGAAGAUCCCAAGCCUGAGGCCCAAGAGGCCCCAUCUUCUCUGAGCAGCCCCCACCCCGAGGAGCCCACAAUUUCUGAAUCCUAUCCUGGCCCUCAGAGCUCACCAGACUUGUCUAAGGUCACAUACCGAAGGCGUAUGAAAGCUGAGCCUCAAACCCCAGCCUCCUAA